CUAACUCGGGUGUCUGAAUUCUAUCUCCUGGGUAUCUCAGAGGAUCCAGACCUGCAGCCCGUCCUCUUUGGACUGUUCCUGAACAUGUACCUGGUCACAGUGCUGGGGAACCUGCUCAUCAUCCUGGCCGUCAGCUCUGACUCCCACCUGCACACCCCCAUGUACUUCUUCCUCUCCAACCUGUCCUUGGCUGACAUCUCUUUCACCUCCACCACUGUCCCAAAGAUGAUUAUGGACACCCUAACUCACAGCAGGGUCAUCUCCUACGUGGGCUGCCUCACACAGAUGUAUGUUUAUAUUCUUUUUGGAAGUAUGGAUGACAUGCUUCUGCUGGUCAUGGCCUAUGACCUGUUCGUGGCAAUCUGUCACCCACUGCAAUACCAAGUCAUUAUGAGUCCUCGCUUUUGUGGCUUCUUAGUCGUGCUAUCUUUGUUGUUUAGCCUCUUGGACUCUCAGCUCCACAAUUUGAUUGUUUUACAACUUACCUACUUCAAGGAGGCAGUCAUUUCCAAUUUCUUCUGUAACCCUGCUCAACUUAUUAAUCUUAGUUGUUCUGACAACUUCUCCAGUAACAUUUUAAAGUAUAUUGCUGGUGUCCUAUUUGGAUUUCUUCCCAUCGCAGGGAUAUUUUUAUCUUACUAUAAAAUUAUUUAUUCAAUUCUGAGAAUCCCAUCAGCAGGUGGGAAGUUUAAAGCCUUCUCCACCUGUGGGUCUCACUUGUCAGUUGUUUGCUUAUUUUAUGGAACAAGUAUUGGUGUGUACCUCGGUUCAACUGUAUCACAGUCUCCCAGAAAUUCUUUGGUGGCCUCAGUCAUUUACACCUUGGUGACCCCAAUGUUAAAUCCACUGAUAUACAGCCUGAGGAACAGGGACAUUAAAAAAGGCAUCAAAAAUAAAAUCUUUGUUAAAUAUUACAUGGUUCCUUCCUUCAUUAUCAAAUCUUGGCCAUCAUUAUAUUCUGAUGAAAUUGGUUUGGAUCUGAGGAAAAGCUAUCUGAAUAGUUUAAACUACAAAGGCAAUACAGAAGCACAUCCACUACAGUUCUUAGAACUCCAUCACCAGAAACUCAAACACACAAACCUGCUGUCCAUCCUCCUUUCACUCUUCCUGUCCAUGAGCCCGGUCAUGGCCCUUGGGAAUCUCCUCAUCAUCCUGGCCAUCAGCUCUGACUCCCACCUCCACACCCCCAUGUACUUCUUCCUCUCCAACCUGUCUUUGGCUGGCAUUUGUUUAGUCUCCACUGUGGUCCCAUAG